AUGUCCAACAUAACGACAAAUAGUACUGCUAUCGUCACUGCUGACAAUCAGGCUAAUCUGAUUGCACUCGUCAAUCUUCUCAACAAAACUAUUUCACAAUAUGGUUUAGGUCUUAUCUGGCUCAUUGGCAACCUCGGGUCAAUUUUCAAUUGUAUUGUGUUUUCUCAACCAACUUAUGGCAAAAGCCCGUGUGCCAUGUAUUUUCUUGCAUCAAGUGUUGCACAGUUUUUUACUUUCAACUUUGCUCUUCUCACUCGAAUGCUUCAAUAUGGUUAUGGUAUUACUGCUAUUAACAUUGAUCUUUGGUUUUGUAAAGCGCGAUUUUAUUUCUUUUAUCUUUUUGUUGCUGUCCCCCGUUAUUACAUCAUUAUGGCUUCGAUUGACCGUUAUUUCGCUAGUUCUCGCAGUGCCCGUCGUCGACAAUAA